AUGAAGAACCUCCAAAAAUGGUUCAUCACUGUUUUGUUCCUCACUAUUGCUUCUCUAAAGAAUGUAUCAGGUGCAUUUGUGGGAAUAAACAUAGGCAGCGGUGUUUCUGAUCUACCUUGGGCUUCAAACAUCGUUGCCAUUCUAAAAUCUCAUCAAAUCAAUCAUGUGCGUCUCCAUGAUGCCAAUCCUCACAUGCUGCAAGCCCUAUCAAACACUGGCAUUGAAGCUAUUGUUGGUGUUCCCGACGAAGAGAUACUGAAAAUCGGGGAAUCGCCAUCCGUUGCAGCGUCAUGGAUCAGCAAAAACGUAGCAGCGUACAUGCCUCAUACAAACAUCACAACAAUAGCACUUGGUAGUGAAGUUCUCACAUCAAUCCCAAAUAUUGCUCCUGUUCUUGUUCCUGCUAUGAGUCAUCUUUACAGUGCUUUGGUUGCUUCAAAUCUUCAUUUUCGCGUCAAAGUAUCGACGCCUCAGUCCAUGGAUUUAAUCCCUAAGCCUUUUCCUCCAUCUACAGCUAGCUUUAACUCAUCAUGGAACUCAACUGUUUACCGAAUCCUUCAGUUUUUGAAGAAUACAAAUUCUUCUUAUAUGUUGAAUGCUUAUCCUUAUUAUGGUUAUACUAAAGGAGACGGUAUUUUCCCGAUCGAGUACGCUUUACUUCGAUCGCUUCCUUCUGAUAAGAAAAUUGUUGAUCCGAACACGCUGUUCCGUUAUGACAGUAUGUUUGAUGCUAUGGUGGAUGCUACUUAUUAUUCUAUAAAAGAUUUAAAUUUCAAUGAUAUACCAAUUGUUGUUACAGAAUCUGGCUGGCCGCGAUUAGGCGGAUCCAACGAACCCGAUGCGAAUGUAGAAAAUGCUGAGGCCUAUGUUAAUAAUUUGAUUAGGAGAGUACUUAAUGAUUCAGGUCCUCCUAGUCAACCAAACAUAGGAAUUACUACAUAUUUAUAUGAACUGUUUGAUGAAGAUAAGAGAAUAGGACCUAUAAGUGAGAGACAUUGGGGACUUUUUCAUACUACUAAUGGAAGUAGUGUUUAUCCUUUGAGUUUUGGUGGUUCUGAUCAGAUUUUCGGAAAUUCUUCCAAGUCGUUUUGCGUGGCUAAAGAUGGCGCAGAUGCUGAAAAGAUGGAAGCUGGUUUGGAUUGGGCUUGUGGACAAGGCCGGGCUAACUGUGCUGCUGUUCAAGCAGGGAGGCCUUGCUAUUUCCCCAAUAAUGUGAAAAGUCAUGCCUCUUAUGCUUAUAAUGAUUAUUAUCAAAAAAUGCGUAGUGUUGGAGGAACUUGUGAUUUUGAUGAUACAGCUAUAAUAACUACCGAGGAUCCAAGCUAUGGAUCAUGUAUAUAUACGGGAAGUUCUAAUGCAAGCACCGGUAGUGGUGAGAGCUUUUCUUCUAUGGCACUUGGACCUGUAGGUCCUGUUGAUGCAAGUUUGAGGAUGCAAGUGUCUAGCCUUCACUAUGUAUUCUCUUUUAUGAGUAUACUUUUGGCUUUGAUGUUGUUAUGA